UCUACCGGAGCAGCUGUGAAAGCUGGAGCAAUUAGAGCAACUCGCAAAACUUUCCAAGAUGAACCGAAAGGCGGAACUCGAGCGGAAGAAAGCCAAACUGCAGGCACUCCGCGAAGAGAAGGACCGAAGGCGAAAGGAAAAGGAGCAGAAAGAUCUGGAAGAGGCAGCCGGGAAGCUGGGCCAUUCGGAAACUAGCACACGGAAGGAUCUGGAUGAGAUGCUUUCGUCGCUAGGUGUGGCGCCCGUAUCCGAGGUACUGUCGUCCCUGUCGUCGGUAAAUUCGGCCACAUCCGAUCAAUCCACCACCCACACACCGGACGCCAGUCUGCAACCGAGCAUCAAUGGAACAAGUUAUCGCAAAAAGCCGGUCAACCUGUGCCUGGUAUCGGUACAGGCAACCAACAUUCCUCCGAAGGAAACGGUCGUUUACUCGAAACAGACACAAACGAACAGUUCCGGUGGCCACGAACGCGACGUUUUUUCUUGCCAUUCCUCACCUCUAUCAGGAUAUAUGGAGGAUUGGUGGAGACCGCGCAAAGCCCACGCAACCGACUAUUACGAUGAGUACAAUCUUAACCCCGGUUUAGAGUGGGAGGAUGAGUUUACAGUGCUUACUUUUGGGGACGGUCAAGGUGACGAUGAGGAAAGCUCCCUCACCCAUAUCGACCAUGGGUUCCACUCGAAGCUGCCGCCCGGUAUCCUGCCCCACGGUUUGCCGACGGUUAAGGAGGUCGCACCGGCCAUCACGCCACAGGAACAGAAGAAGGAAGACUUGAAGGAGGUGAAAGAACUUUCCGCCGAGCAGAAACAGAUGAUCAUACUGUCGGAAGACUUCCAACGAUUCAUCCUGCGGGCCGGUAAGGUAAUGGAACGUGCCCUGUCCGAAACGGUGGACAUCUACACAGACUACAUUGGGGAUGGUGAGGCAGACGAUAUGAACGAUGAAAAAUCCCAUGCACGGCUGUCACUGAACCGCACCUUCUACUGUGACCGUUGGUCGAAGAACCGAUGCGUUACAUCGUUCGACUGGUCCACACACUUCCCCGAGUUGAUGGUUGCAUCCUACCACAGCAACGAGGAAACACCGAACGAGCCGGACGGUGUGGUGGUGGUAUGGAAUACCAAGUUCAAGAAGCAAACACCGGAGGAAGUGUUCCACUGUCAGAGUGCGGUCAUGUCGACGUGCUUUGCCAAGUUUCACCCGAACCUGAUCCUCGGCGGUACCUACUCGGGCCAGAUAGUGCUGUGGGAUAAUCGGGUACAGAAGCGCACACCAAUCCAUCGGACGCCGCUAAGCGCUAACGCUCAUACGCAACCAGUAUAUUGUCUAUCGAUGGUUGGCACCCAGAACGCGCACAACGUCAUCUCGAUCAGCUCGGACGGUAAGCUGUGCUCGUGGAGUUUGGACAUGCUGUCCCAGCCGCAGGACGUGCUGGAGCUGCAACACCGCCAGUCGAAGGCCAUCUCCGUCACCUGCAUGGCGUUCCCGCACAACGAGGUCAACAAUUUCAUGCUCGGUGGCGAGGAUGGGUACGUAUACUCGGCCAGCCGGCACGGUAACCGGUCCGGCAUUGGCGAAACGUACGAGAAGCAUCUCGGUCCGGUGACGGGCAUCUCGGCGCACCACAACCAAUCGUCGCCCGACUUUGGCCAUCUGUUCCUUACCUCCUCCAUCGAUUGGACGAUCAAGCUGUGGAGCCUGAAAGACAACAAGCCGCUGUACUCGUUCGAGGACAACUCGGACUACGUGAUGGAUGUGGCCUGGUCCCCCAUACAUCCGGCACUGUUUGCCGGCGUGGACGGUAGCGGCCGGCUCGAUCUGUGGAACCUCAACCAGGACACGGAGGUACCGACCGCUUCGAUCACGGUUGACGGUCAGCCAGCGCUGAACCGCGUGUCCUGGACGCCGUCCGGACUGCAUGUGACGGUGGGCGAUGAGGCGGGCCGGAUCUACGUGUACGACGUGGCGGACAAUCUCGCCAAUCCGCGCAUGGACGAGUGGAACAAGCUGAAUGCGGUGCUGUACGAGCUGAAGAUGAAUCAGACGGACGAGUUCGACGAUAAGGACCAGAAGUCUCCGGUACCGCAGAACAACACGUCACUCACAUCGCUCACCAGUACGUCGCUUAUAUGAAACUCAAUGAUGCGGCCGCAUUGAGGCGGGCUG